GACUGCGUGAGUCUUUCAAUCAAAGAGAUCAAUUACCUGCGUGUUCAUAUAUCCUGACUAAAAUUCAAUUUUGCUUUGGUACGAUUAGCAUAAAUUUUAAUUUGCAUGUGAAACAACAAAUCUCCAUAAAAAAUGGAGUCAGAAUUCACUGAGAAGGACGCAAUUUUAUCGCAUAAAAGGCCAGAUCCCUAUACUCGUGGUCCAUGGGGUCUCAACGUCAGAAUAAACAAAAAUUGGAUCGCUGGCGUGGGUGCGUUUUGCCUGGUUGCUGGAAUUUGUGUGUAUGCUGUUAUCACCGUGUCGACGUCGACUAGCCAGGAGGUCACUGUACUUCGACAAGCUGCCCCUGCUGGUGGUGAUGCCGUCGAGAAUGCGGACAAUGGUGCAGGGGUGGCAGAUGAGACGGGAAAUCCACCAGCAGAAGUACCAGAAGUGAGUGGAGUGGAGUCACCCGCAGAUCCGCCCCCACCACGGGAAGAUCCACCAGUUCCUGAUGCCACUGAUGACACCGGACUGAUUGAGGAGGACGAGGAAACUACUCCCGAACCAACUACGACAACCGGUCGAGGAGGAAUUUUUGACAUUUUCAGAAGGGGACGCUCCUCUGCUCCCACGGUACGAACCAGUUUGGGGAGAUUGAAAGGGACGAAUUUUACUUCAAGGGGAGGACGGGAAUACUUUGGAUUUUAUAACGUCCCGUACGGACAGCCACCAACUGGUGACCUUCGAUUUAAGCCCCCACAACCAGCCCUGUCGUGGACAGGAACUCGAGACGCGACAGUUAAGGGGACAAUGUGCGUCCAAAGAAGUCGUUACAAUCCAGACGUUGACGUAGAAGGGACUGAAGAUUGUCUACACACUAAUAUUUUUACCCCCAAGAUUCCACGAUUAUUUAGUCGAGUAAAAUAUCCCGUGAUUGCUUACUUCUUUGGAGGAGGUUUCAUGCACGGAACGGCGAAUGACUUCAACGUGGACUACUUCAUGGAUGAAGAUGUCGUAUUGGUUAUUGUUGAGUCUCGUGUGGGGGCAUUGGGAUUCUUAAAUACUGGAGAUUUAACCGUAACUGGCAACAUGGGGCUGAAAGAUCAAGCUCAAGCUCUGAAAUGGGUGAAAGACAAUAUAGCUGAUUUUGGCGGAGAUCCAGCCAAAGUGGUCGCUUUUGGAUCUUCUUCUGGAGCCAUGUGCGCUCAUGCUCACUUACUUUCCCCAAUGUCCAACGGUCUGAUGUCUGGCGUGAUUUCGUUCAGUGGAACAAUGCUAAUGCCGGGUGGUCAAUCAUUUAACCUUCAACCUCGCGACACUGCAGUAGAUUUGGGAGAAGCUCUAAACUGCACAAAUGUCGAUGAUUCAGAAGAGUUGGUUUCCUGCCUGCGAAACGUAUCUUAUCACGACAUUGCCAUGUUCCAACCAGACUUUGGUCCCUCCAUUGAAACCAUUCCGGAGGACGGUGACCUCACCAACGUUUUCUUUCCCGACAGUCCAAACAACCUUUUAAUGCAAGGAAAAGCCAAUGCGGUCCCAUGGUUGGUUGGCGUUAAUAGCGCCGAGGCGAUUCUCCAGUCUUACACACUUUUACUAAAUGAAAAUGCCGUCACCGAGCUCAACAAUAAUUUUGACGUCGUCGCUGCCGACUUAUUGGGACUCGAGGAGUGGCAAGAGGAAGUUAAUGACAGCGAAGUUAAAGAUAUCGUCCACAAAGUGCGAGAGUUUUAUUUUGGAAACAAAACAAUCAGCAAAGGUUCUGAGACGAGGUUUAAUUUGACCAAUUUGAUAUCAGACAGAUUUUACUACCAUCCUACAAAAACGUCGGGAUUAAAGCAUUCUCAAACCAGCGACGUAUAUUGGUACUAUCUCACAAAAGAGGCCAAUGUAAGCUUUGCGGCGUCCGUUCUCCCAUAUUUUGACCCACCAUACGGUGUGUCACACGCUGACGAAGUCCAAUACGUAUUUUCAAGACCACGCUACCCCUACAUCCCUCUCGACUCGCCGUGGGCCGAGUUUUCUAAAAUGUUUGUCAAAUAUCUCGUCUCAUUUGCAGACACGGGAGCUCCCGUAAAUCCUGACACAAAUGGUACCGCAUGGCCGAAAGUUGACUCUGCUGGGAACGGAACGGUCUGGUAUAAUUUGGACGAUGUUCCCAAACUCAUCGAACCAUUUUCAGAACGUCUCGCAUUCUGGGAUUCGUUUCCCUUUGAAAUUUUGUACAAUUCUUCCGCAGUCGUUACAGCGUUAGACACGCAAGAAAUGAUGCAAGACGACACGGAUGAGCAGCAAGAGUUGGUAGAAUGAGUAGUAAUAGAUUCUGAAGAAAACAUACACAUUUUAAAAUCUGACGUAACAUUCGAAUAAAAUGAGACUGCUGACAACAAAGCUA